AUGUCCUCUAUUAUAUUUAUUCCAAAUGAUGCUGAUAAUAUAAAUUCAAUAAUGGUAACAAUUUCAUCAUCAUUAUCAUUAGUAGGAUGUUUAUUCAUUCUUUCUAUUUAUAUUUAUUAUAAAGAGUUAAGGGAAUUUCAACUUAAAUUAAUUUUUAUAAUGACAAUAAAUGAUUUUAUAAUUUCAAUAAUAUUUUUAAUAGCAACACAUAUCCAAACAAAAUAUUUUGACGCCAUAACAAAUGUUUUCCCCUUCUUUUGUAAUUUCCCCGAUUCAUUAUUACAUUAUUUUUUUUUAUCUUCAUUUUUUUGGGAAGUUUGUAUUGCUCAUACAUUAAUUCAAGUUAUAAAAUAUAAUAAUGAUAAAGUUGAAGAUAAUUUAAAGAAAUAUUUUAUAUUUUCAAAUGGACUUUCAGCAUUAAUAAUGGUAUCAUUAUUUUUUAUAAGAAGUUAUAGUAAAAUCGAUUGUCAUCAUGAUUCAAUCUUUCCCCAUCUUUUAUUCUUUAUACCAUUAUUGUUAACUUGGAUUUACAAUAUUAUAGUUUGUGCAUUAUUAACCAAAACAUUUAAAGAACAAGCAAUGAAUUUUGGCUACUCUUUAGGUAUUAAUGGUGGUAGUGGUAGUUAUAUAAACUUUACUAAUAACAAUAGUAUUGAUAAUUACUCAAAUAUAAUCAUUAAAAAUGAUUUAAUAAUAAAUAAUAAUAAUAAUAUCAAUGUCAAUAAUAAUAAUAAUAAUAUAAAUAUAUUAUUUCAUGUCAAUGUCAAUAAUAAUAAUAACAAAAUAAUAAUAAAAAGAAUUAGAAAAACACCAAAUAUAAUAUGGACAUCAAUUUUCUUUUUAUUUUCAUUUGGAUUCAUUUGGUCAUGGUCAAUAUUGGUGAUAAUAUUGAAAUAUUUAUCAUUGGAUGUAAAGUAUAUUCUAAUGAUAUCCUAUUUCUUUAUUCCAUUACAUGGUUGUAUGAAUGCAGUUUGUUUUGGUGUAAAUGAUAGACUUAGAAUGAAUCUCAAGAAAAGUUGUAAAAAUUAUUAUUAUAAAUUUUUAGGUUUAUUUAGUUUAGAUAAAAGGAAAUCAUAUGGUAUAAAUGGAAAUAAUAAAAAUAAUAAAAAUAAUAAUGGGGCUAAUUGUGAAGAAAGAAGUUUAAUUGAUUAUUCUCCUGAUGAUGAUGAUGAUGAAGAUGAUGAUAAUAAUAAUAAUAAUUAUAGCGAUGGAAAUUAUUAUCAAAUUCCUUCACCUUUUUUAAUUGAUAGUAGAAAUUCUUCAAAUUUAACAGAUUAUUCUGUAAUUUUAGAUAAUAACAAUAAUAACAAUAAUAAUGGUCCUUAUAAUCCAACAAGAUCUAACUCCAUUACUGAAUUACUUUAUAAUAAUAUAAAUAGUUUAAAUGCAAUUAGAAUUUUAAGUAAUAAUAAUAAUAAUAAUAAUAAUAAUAAUAAUAAUAAUAAUAAUAAUAAUAAUAAUAAUAAUAAUAUCAAUAAUAAUGAUAACAAUAAUAAUAAUAAUAAUAAUAAUAGUUUUUGUACAAUAGAUGAAGAUGAAACCAAAUAA